GUUUCUUCUCCCCCUCCUCUUCCCAGCCGAGAACCCUAGUCUCCUCGGUCUCCGGCUCGGCGAGGCUGCGCGGCGCGGCACCGGGUCCAGGCGGCGGCGGCGAGAUGGUAGUGGCGUCCGGCGGAGGGCGGAACGCGUGGGCGAAGGAUAUGACCAUCCGCCGCAGGAUUGCCAGCAUAUUCAACAAGACGAGGGAUCAUUUUCCGUCCCUGAAAGAUUACAACGACUAUCUUGAGGAAGUCGAAGAUAUGACUUUCAACCUGAUUGAGGGGAUAGAUGUUGAGGUGAUUGAAGCUAAAAUUGCCAGGUAUCAACAGGAAAAUGCUGAACAGAUAUAUUUGUCCCGAGCUAAAAGGGCUGAAGAUCUUGCUGCCGCACUUAAAGCAAGCAGAAUGAACCCCGGAAAGGCUGGGGCCGAUGGCACGGCUGCUGGAAGCUCUCAGGGCAUUAGCAGUGGCGCGGGAAUUCAGCAAGGCCAGUAUGCGCCUGCUGCCGUUCCUCGUGGACUAGGCCAGCCCCGGCCGACAGGAAUGGCCCCUCAACCAAUUGGUGAUUCAUCAGUUCAUCCUCUUCUUCAAGGUGAUGAUGAGGGGACCAUGAGGCUACGUGCUGAGAGAGGAGCUCGAGCAGGUGGAUGGAGUAUUGAGAUGUGCAAGAGAAGAGCACUACAGGAAGCGUUUAGUAGCAUAUUCGUCUGAUGGUGAGGUCAGAGACAGCAGCACCUGAACUGCAGAAAUGCCUGUGGGGAUAAAAGCAACGAUCGUCGUCAACUUACCAUCUAUCUGGAAAAUGAAAAUUGUGCGUUGCUGUUUUUGUUCAUAGCCUGCCUAAGUUAUCAAAAGCACAUCGUGGUACUUGUGACAACUGAUUAGUGAGACUGGCUGUUUUGUGUGUUAACGUGUUUAUUUUUUUUCUCUGGCUUCUCAUCCAACAAUUUUGGCGGUGUUCUUUUCAAGCUGGAGACAAAAGAUUAUCUAAUUUUGUGGUAGCUAUUUAAUGAUGUAAAUAAUGAAAUUAGUUGCU